ACUAUACGUGGCAUUGCAGCGACUGACUUGAUAUCUCGUGUCGAAGGAGAUACAAUGUUGGUAUCGUGUUAGGCUGACGAAUAUGUAAACAUGGAUUCGAUCAACUUAACGCUAGUUUUGUCUUGAACACAUAUGCUUUCUGCAUUUCGACCAGCUCCUAGUCGUGUCAUUGAGUAGCGAAGAUACGAAACUGAGAAAACCCGGAAGUGUUUUGAUAUUACAGUUUACUUGUUUCAUAAUUCAAAACAUAACAAAGACUGUACCGGCUGUUUACUAAUACUAGCUUUCCAGCCUGAAAACAUGAAACUGACUAUUUUACUGACGACGUGUUUCACAGUAACCAUUCUUCCCUCGUUUGGUGCUGAUCAACAACAGCAGAUGCAACAGCCUGUGGCACACAAUGACAAGGAACACUAUCAUCACACUCAACAACAUAAAGGACAUGAAUCUAUAAAAAAUGAUGACAAUAAAAAAAGGGAACCACCGCCUUAUGUAAAUUAUAAACAACCUCCAGGUGGUCACCCAAACAUACACAUGGCCAAUCGGAGAGAGCCAACUCAGCAGCCGCAGCAGCCACAGGAACGACGCAUACCUCUAGGUGGUGAUAAACCUACCGGUCAUGUUAUGGCAACAAAAAAAGAAGUGGAACAACAUGAACAGCAACGGCAAUUGGAACGCCUUCAAGAGCAGCGAACAGACACUGCAGGGGGAUAUAAAGUCAGUGGUCAUGUUCCACCAGAUAUACUUGAAAAACAGUUAAAAUAUGAAAAACAGAGACGAUUAGAGCAGCAACAAAGUCUCUAUACAGAAUCAAGGGAGAAUGUGAAAAUGGCACAAACUGAAUCAGGUGCUGCUAAAAAAAAUGUUUACAAACCUAAUGCAGAAGCGAAUCAAGAUAAUAUGAAGCAGUAUGCAGCUGUUGAUGAUGUGCAAAAACAAGAAGAACAACAAAGGACUAAAGAGCCUGAUGAUUUACAGGCUAGUUUAACAUUGGAUUCACAGAAUGAGGAAUCUCUGAAACAAAAUGAAAUGCCUGAUGUCAAUCCAGUGGAUGCUCCUCCGACAGAACCAGUAGAUGAUAAAACACAAAUAGCGGAAACCACCUACCAGAUGGCAUUACCAUUACUGAAUGCAACAACAGAUGACAAGAAAAGGGGAUAUGCUCUUUUGGAAAUAGCAGCUUAUUUAAACCAUUCCAAGUCACAAGAAUUGGUUGGUUAUGCGUAUCUAUUUGGUGAUUAUUUGACAUUUAAUGUGAGUGGAGCACUUGAUAUGUUCACAGAUCUUGCAGCUAAAGGAGUGCCUGAAGGACAGACAGGUUUGGGCUUUAUGUAUGGUGCUGGUAUUGGUUUGAACUCUAGUCAAGCUAAGGCUUUGGUUUACUAUACAUUUGGAGCACUUGGAGGAGAACCAUUGGCACAGAUGAUGUUGGGGUACCGCUACUGGGCUGGUAUUGGUGUGUCACAAAGCUGUGAAUCGGCGCUCACAUAUUAUAGAAAAGUAGCAAUUAAAGUUUCUAAUGAUGUUUCACUGAAUGGUGGGCUGGCUGUGCAGCGUGUUCGUUUAUAUGAUGAAAUAGAAAGUUCAGGUACCAUGACUGGAUUAUUGGACGAAGACUUGAUACAAUAUUAUCAAUUUUUAGCUGAUAAAGGGGAUGUGCAGGCACAGGUUGGACUUGGUCAGUUAAAUUAUCAAGGUGGUAGAGGAAUUGAACUUGAUCACCAGAGAGCUCUGGAAUACUUCACACAAGCUGCAGAGUCUGGUAAUUCAAAUGCACAAGCUUUCCUUGGUAAGAUGUAUUCAGAAGGAAGUUCAGUUGUCAAACAAGAUAAUGUAACUGCAUUUAAAUAUUUCAAGAAAGCAGCUGACCAAGGCAAUCCAAUAGGACAAAGUGGACUUGGCUUAUUGUAUAUGCAUGGAAGUGGAGUUGACCAGGAUUAUAGCAAGGCUUUGCAGCAUUUUCAGAUGGCUUCUGAUCAGGGUUGGGUAGAUGGACAAUUACAUCUAGGUACCAUGUAUUACAGUGGUUUGGGAGUGAAAAGAGAUUACAAAAUGGCUGUCAAGUAUUUCAACCUUGCAUCACAGUCUGGACAUGUCUUGGCAUUUUACAAUUUAGCACAGAUGCAUGCAGCUGGAACUGGAGUCAUGAGGUCAUGCCACACAGCUACUGAAUUAUUCAAGAAUGUUGUUGAGAGAGGGCACUGGUCAGAAUUAAUAAUGGAAGCACACACUAGUUAUAAAGAAGGCAAUGUGGAUUCAGCAUUAAUGAAGUAUGCAUUUCUAGCUGAGCUUGGAUAUGAAGUAGCUCAAAGCAAUGUUGCUUUCAUCCUUGAUCAAGGUGAGACCAAUCUGUUUGCCAAUCAUGAUACAUAUAGAAGAGCAUUAUUACAGUGGAGUAGAGCUGCAGCACAGGGCUACACGCAUGCUCGUGUGAAAUUAGGCGAUUACCAUUACUAUGGUUACGGUACUCAGGUUGAUUAUGAGACGGCAGCGGUGCAUUACAGACUAGCAUCAGAACAACAACAUAGUGCACAGGCAAUGUUUAAUUUGGGAUAUAUGCAUGAACAAGGACUGGGAAUGAAACAGGAUAUUCAUUUGGCAAAACGUUUUUAUGACAUGGCAGCGGAAACAAACUCUGAUGCAUAUGUACCAGUUAUGUUGGCAUUGGCUAAACUGGGAUUUAAACGUAGUCUGGAGUAUUUUCAACAGAGUUCUGAUGUCUGGUCAAGUGUGAAUCUGGAUUACUAUCUUGGUACAGAUUGGGAUAUUUAUGUAAUAACUGUACUAGCAAUGAUAUUGGGAUUUGUUAUUUACAUCAGAAGACAACAAUAGAUAAACAUUUACUGCCACUUUAUUUUCAUCUUCAUGUACAUGAAAUUAUCUUAUAAUUUAUUUAAUUUUCAAGAGAAUUGUUUGACUGUUGAGUAUUAAGACGAAUCUUUCAUGAACAUAGAAGUAUUUUUUAUCAUGUUUCCCCAUAUUGUGACCAGUCAAAUAAAUAGACAAUUCUAGGAUUAACAACUUUAAAAUGAAUUCAAUGCGGUCUAAGAGGUUUAUCAGGUUAUCAGCAAUAACAGGCCAGAUUAAUAGCAGUAUAUUACAUUAUGCCAUGUUUGUCUUUUACUCCUGAUGAUAUCCCCAUCAUUUAAUAAUGCCAUCCAGGGAUAUCCUAACAAUAAUGAUGGUGUUUUCUUUUCAUAUGAUAUCCUCAACACCAUGAAUUAUUGACUUUCUGUUUUGCUCUGUCAAAUUGUUAACAAGAGUAUGUAGUAGAUUUACAGUAAUCUCAAUCUCGGCUAUGGCGUGUAAAGUUACAUUUCUGUUUCUCUUAUAUUGCUUCAUCUGCUGUAUCUAACUUGAAUGAAAUAAAAUCAUGUGAGAGAAGAUUGAAAAUACUUCUGAUCUGUAUACGCGUUUGAAGAUAAUUUUUAUAAACUGAUAUUGAGGGAGGAAGCCCUGAAAAUUUAUUUUUGUAUCAGUUGCCAUGGUGAUAGAUUCAUUAAACUUAGUUCAUUUACCACUCCAUAUUGAUUUACCAUAAUUUUCAAUUUGUUUAAAUCUUACUCAUAUCAUUGUUGAUGAAGGGAAAGGUAUAUGUGGUGAUACUGUCUGUCCUCAUUGGUGUUGUAAAACUUUUUCUUGUGGUUGCAAUAACUCUUAGUUUCUAUCCAAUAUUUUUUUUUACAAUAUUUUAUUAACCAGUGUAGCAUCUCGGCCAAGUUUGAUUUUGGUAUGUGUACUAUAUACCGAUAUAUAUAUUUUAAAAUAUUGAUAAAUUUAACUUGUAAUUAAGUUCCUUUGUUGUGGUUACAGUAACUUGUACAAUUUUUAACAGAUGAUCUUCAAACUUGGAAAUCAAAUCAAUCGCGAUCAAAUGUCAACCAAGUUCAAUUCUUGGGUGACAAAUCAGUAAACUGUUCAAGCUAGUAUUUCUCUGUCAAAUUAUGUUGAGAUAUAUUUAUACAAUUCAGGGAAUAUCAUAAUACAGUACAUUUAGUAUUAAUUGAGGAACAUUAAUUAAUAUUAUGUGCUAAUAAUGACCUCAUUAUUGUUCAUUUUUGGUCAGAAUUGUUCCCAGCUAAAUUUUAGCCAGUAUUUUCCAUGCAAAGAAAAGAUUUUAGGUGGCAAAUUUAUUCAACUUGAAUUUUUGUUAAUUGUUUAAUAUCCAGAUUCUGAAUGGGCAAGGUUGUAAUUGGUAUGCUACGUUUUGAAAAACAAAUCAAUAUUAGCAUAUUAUAUAGAUGCAGUGUUGUUUGGUAAGAGCCUUGUAAUUGUGUUACAGCAAUAUCUGCUUACAUGAAUCAGUCAUAAAUCUACUUGUAACGGGCUAUAUGAAUUGCAUAACUUUGAAUCAUUUUAUAGUGCCAUCAGUGUCAAUAUAUUAAAUUUACAUUGUUUUUAUGCAUUGUCAAGUUCAUGGACCUGUUAAAUCUAUGUGAGAAUUAUUUUUAAAAACAAGAUUUUUUUUCCCAUAGAGGUUUAUUGUUUUUACUAAUUUAUUUUGUUUGGUACAAUAAACUAUCAUGUCUUCAUAAAA